AUGGCCGACGUUGAAGAACAACCCGCGGAAGAAGCUCCCGCUGAGGAGCCUGAAUUUGUCGUUGCCGCUGAGGAAGAAGAGGAGGAUUUCGUAGCUGUGGGUGGAGCUACCGAGGUCAAGCUCUUUGGAAAAUGGUCUUUCGAUGAUAUCGAAGUCCGUGAUAUCUCUCUUGUGGACUACAUUGCCUGCAAGGGAGACCAUGCUACGUACCUUCCCCACACUGCUGGCCGAUAUCAAAAGAAGCGAUUCCGCAAGGCAUCUUGCCCCAUUGUGGAACGUCUUGCUUGCUGCCUGAUGAAGAAGGGCCGCAACUCGGGAAAGAAAAUCAUGGCUUGCCGAAUUGUCCAACACACUCUGGAAAUCAUCCAUUUGUUGACAGACCAAAACCCCAUUCAAGUGGUCGUCGAUGCCAUUAUCAACUCGGGACCACGUGAGGAUUCCACUCGUGUCGGUGGCGCUGGUGUUGUCCGUCGUCAGGCCGUUGAUAUGUCUCCAUUCCGUCGGGUCAACUACGCCCUCUACUUGUUGGCCACUGGAGCAAGAGAAGCCUCCUUCCGAAACUUGAAGACCAUGGCCGAGUGCCUGGCCGAGGAACUCAUCAACGCUGCUCGUGGAUCUUCCAACUCUUACGCCAUCAAGAAGAAGGAUGAAAUUGAACGUGUUUCCAAGUCCAAUCGUUAA